AUGGUAAGGAUUAAACCUUCUACAAUUUGGCAGGCUUCCAAGCUGAACAGGUUUUUGCCCUUUUUGUUGCCUGAGUGCAGAAGUAUCCAUGCAGCGCGCCAAGAACUACGAUGGAUUCAAGACGAAUCAAAUGAUGAUUAUCAGGUUUGGAAACGCUGCAAGCUGCGAUACCGCCAUUACCCUCUGCAAUAUAUUUUAGGAUCACAACCGUUCGAGUCUCUAAACAUCAAAUGCAAGCCCGGUGUGCUGAUACCGCGAUGGGAGACCGAAGAAUGGGCAACCGAUUUGGCGCAUAGAUUGCCCAAAAACCGUCAAAUUCACGUUUUGGAUCUGUGUACUGGAACAGGCUGUAUUCCGCUACUAAUCAAGCAUAUCAGACCCGAUGCCGUGGUAAAAGCUGUUGAUUGUUCGCCUUUAGCUACAGGACUAGCUUAUUGGAACUCAAAAAGCCUCGGCAUCUCGAUACAAGUAAUUCAAGGAGAUAUUCUCGAACAUAACUCAACUGUAAAACCACAAAAGGUAGACCUUAUCACCUGCAAUCCUCCAUAUAUUUCUCAAUCCACAUUUGUCAAGGAAACCUCCAGAUCGGUCAAACUUUUUGAGCCCAAACUCGCAUUAAUUGGGUGCUUCGAGUUUUAUGCUGAUUUGAUUGACCAUCAGAUCAGCAGAGCUGAGGCUUUUGUCUAUGAGGUUGGGGAACUGUCACAAUGUGAAUAUGUGUGCCGUCGAAUAGUCGAAGACCCCAUACUGUCCAAAGUUUGGCGAGUGGGAUUUAGAUUAGACGCCAAUUCCAAGCCAAGAGUGGUAUAUGGCUACAGAAGAGUGGCGAUUACUCUUGACUGGCCGCGCAUCUUUGAAGAAUUCGGAGAGCUGAAGAACUAA